CGCGUUUACUUCCGUGUAAAUUUUAUGAAUGACUUCAACUUCCCUGGGAAGCUUGCUAGCUAGUACCGACUGCUUCUCGGUGGAGUUUGUUAUUUGAAAGCCACUGCUACCGCCAAGUUCUUCCUAAUGGAUUAUACUGCAACCCAAAGUGGGUUCAGACAGCGUAAGUUACAGCCUAAUAUGCGUCUAAGGAAUAGCUCCAUGGAUGGUUCAGAUGGCAGCCAGCUGUUUGAGGAUACGAGUGGAGCUGGGCCGGGAUCACAGUCAGGCUACAGGAACCAGCAGGCCGGGCCUCAAGCCGCAGGAUUUUCUGGCCAGUCCCUCCUGUCAGACCCCAUGUCUAACUUGGCCAUGGCAUAUGGCAGCUCAUUGGCAUCGCAGGGGAGGGAAAUGGUGGACAAGAAUCUGGACAGGUUCAUCCCAAUUUCUAAGCUGAAAUACUACUUUGCCGUGGACACAGUGUAUGUGGGGAAGAAGCUGGGCCUUCUAGUUUUCCCUUACAUGCACGAGAACUGGGAGGUGAGCUACCAGCAGGACUCUCCCGUGGCUCCACGCUUUGAUGUGAACGCUCCCGAUCUUUACAUUCCUGCCAUGGGCUUCAUCACAUAUGUUCUGGUGGCCGGACUGGCCCUUGGCACACAGAACAGGUUUUCCCCGGAACUGCUGGGAGUUCAGGCCAGCUCAGCGUUGGUGUGGUUGAUCAUGGAGGUCCUGGCAGUCCUGCUGUCGCUCUACCUUGUGACCGUAAACACCGACCUCACAACCAUAGACCUGCUGGCCUUUUCUGGCUACAAAUAUGUCGGGAUGAUCGUAGGUGUAGUAGCAGGCCUGUUGUUCGGGAGGCCGGCGUAUUAUCUCUCUCUACUGUGGUGCUGUGCUGCCAUCUUUGUCUUUAUGAUCCGCACUAUGCGUCUGAAGCUGUUAUCCGAGGCGGCGGCGGAAGGCAGGCUGGUCAGAGGAGCCAGAAAUCAGCUGAGGAUGUACCUCACCAUGUGUAUAGCAGCAGCACAACCCAUCUUAAUGUACUGGCUCACCUACCACCUCGUCAGAUAAAACCCAGAACACACGCUCACUUACGCAGAAGAUGAACUUGGCUGUCCGAAUGCCUCCACCCUUUAAAGGAAAAAAACAAAACAAGAAAAAAAACAAAAAACAUUCAACACACACAUCAAAGAAGCUGGACUUGGAUGAAGCACACAGCAGUUGACUGGGUAUCCCAUCAUUUCCCAGGCAUGAAGACAGAACUACUCCUUCACUAGACUCAGUCCGUGUAUGCAUGGAGCGAAACAACACAUGGUACAAGACCAUUAAGAGAAGAUGUGAGGCUUUAAUGCCUUUUCUCUUGCAGCGCAGUGCCAUGUCAGUAGUAUUGCCUUCUUUGAUUUAAUGUCUUCAAAAAUGAGUUGCAGGAGCAAGUGGCUUUAAGCUGUUUUUCUAUACUGUGUAAUUAUUUGUUAUGUUUUUUUAGGAAUAUUUAAGAAUGUAUGUUUGUGUAUAGCAGACAUAUUAUUGCUGAUGUUGCUCUGGUCUUAUAUAUCAUAACUGAUGUUUCUGAGCCAACAGAAAGAAAAGCACACUAGCCUCACACAAACCGUCCAUUCAUUGUUAACAAAGAGCUCAACUCAAAGGUUUAAACGUGAUCAAGUGGCUCUUGUUUUGAUGUUUUGAUUGGAACGACUUCUUUUCGGGUCUAAGAAAGGUCCCACACUGUUCUGUCGAUGUUGGAUCUGGAAGUAAGUAUUAUGUUAUUGGUCUGUAAGUGCGGGUGUAGUGUCACCUCCAUUUUAUCUGUUUGAUCUUCUUGUAUGUGCUUUGAUACAUGUAUGAGCUUUGCUGCCUGAAAGCUCUUGAACAGAAAUAUCAAGAGCCACAGUGACAUUAAGGUGUAGACCUCACGGUGAGAUGAUUUUGAUAUCCUUUUAAAAACAAAGUAAAUUAUUUACUGCUUUUCAUAUUGAAAGUCAGAUGGAAUAAAGAAGGGGAAGAGAUGAGAUGGUCUGUUCUGUGAAAAUUGUUGUAGUCUGCUUGAGGUAAUUUAAAUAUUUUAAUGUCAGAAAUGUGCUUUAAUGUGCUUGUGAAUCUGGUGUCACUAUGAAAUGUGCUGUCUAUCCUUUUGUUUAUGUAGCCAAUGUUAACUCAAACCAGGGUAGGAUUCAAAUUCACUCAAAUUAAUUCAGGAAACUAUUAAAAAUUCAGGAUUUAUUUUUUUUUCCUUUACCUUGGAUGACACUUCUUGAUGAUGACUGCUAAAAUGCUUAUCUCAGUUUAUUGAGGUGCCAAUAAAAAAAUUUCCAAAUGUUUUAGCAAGUGCUGAUUUAAAAAGGAAUUUUAAGUUGCAGCAUAACAUUAAGAAUGACUUGUCCUACCUACACGCAGCAGGUUAUUUAAAUACUUUUUUUUUUUCAUAGUGAAUUAUGACUGGAUCCCAGCCCUGACUGUCAAAGUAGGCGGACAGCAUACAGCCUAUCAAAUCAAGCCACUGAAAUGAUACGAUGACUGUUGAAUAAAGUCUAACUGACGGAGUCGCUGAAGUAAGCCUCUGUUGUGAUUAAUAGCCUGAUGAAGCCUGGUCUCCAUUAACCUCUCGACUGGGUAUCUCUGGUAGAUGGGCAGUAAUAGCAGACAGUGACAGG